CUAUGUUUGUAUAACUUCUCUUUCCUCUCUCUCAAUAUGCACGGUGACCACAUCUCCUAUUAUAUCCACAAAGAUCUGUAGCUGGAAGAAGCCGUAUGAUGUAAAUUGAAAUAUGCUUCUCCUUGUUGAUCAAUUUUAUCUGCUCUUUUUGGUCUUUUGGAUCGGCAGUCGAGGAGUUGGUGCACAAUCUUCAACGGCGUUGUUUGCUGGUGAUUAUCCUGUUGUCGCAUAUGCGAUUGGCUCAGUAUGUUAUUUUCUAGUCUCCUUGAUGAAUGAAUCUACUAACAUGACAUCAUAAGACUGAAAAUGUUGCCACUACUUAUUUAGUGGCAUGUCCAGCUGGUUCAGAUACCUCAUCAUGUAACUUUCAACAGCCAUACACCUUGACUCAGGGGCCUUCAACCGUUCAGCUUGCAAUGACAUUUCCCGGUUCCACGUAUGUUAUCUGAUUUUCAUCACCUCAAAUAAGUCUCUAAUAUAUCCUAGAACAAUGACUCUAGGAUGCGCACUUUCCGGCUCCGCAUCAAUGGCAUGUCUCGCGACUGAAAUAAUUCCGGGCUCUACCGAAACCGCAACAACAACCGUGACCGGCGCUGAGGCUACCUCGAGAUUCCGCGCAAUUUCGAUAGCUACAAAUUCUGCAGCUUUACUCACGUAUGCUGCAGGCGCAAAUACAGAAUCAAGUUCAAGCGCGAUGACAUCUAGCUCUAGCUUGGUAGUAUCGAAGACGAGCUCGGCUACAAGUACUUCUAUUACAUCUGCACCAGUAUUAGGAAUGACAAGUAACGGAACCACUAUUGGUACUAUUAAGACGAUUUUGUUGCCGGGAACUGUGAGUUCUUUGACUUCAUUGUCGAGUGUCAGUUGGUCGAGUGGUAGUCUUACCGCUACGACUGUUGCUCCCAAGAGUUCUGAAGGAAGUGGAGCGAGGGCUGGAGUAAGUGAUGGUGCUGGUUUUGGAUUAUUGGGAGUUAUGGGUAUGAUUGGGGUGGGGUUUUUAGGAGCUUGAUUAUAUGGAAGGGGAAAUGAUGGGGGGAUUGAGAACGUGUUUAUUAGAAAUGAAAAGAAGAACGGUAAAUUAUUACAUUGGAUAUAUAAUUGAUUAAUCUGAGUAUGUAUAUGGAUAUGUUUGAAGCUUGGAGGGAAUUUUUUGGUUGUUUAGAGCCAAGUACAGUCACUAUUCAGCAAUUUGUAUGAAGCUUUGAACAGUGAAUGUUUUAUUAAGGAAGGAUUGUAUUUGGAUGGCUGUUUGAUGGUGAGAGAAUGUUAUUUC